AUGAUAGGGAGAGUCUCCACCGCUUGUUUCCUUACUAUUUUUGUCGGUUCGAUAGAAUUGACCUUUCCCUAAUUCCCUUCCUAUUCCUCUUCUCUAAUUUCACUCUCCCUUUUUCUUCUCACAUCGAUUUAUUUCUCAUUCUAUUGUUAAUCCCAAUCAAAUCAGGUCCCAAUUUCAUCCACCUUCUGGCAUUGCACUCUCUCUUUGUUCCCGCGUUGAGAUCCAUUUCUUCUCUGGAAUAGCGUACUUAACACCUUUCAUUUCUUUGACUGUCCAGUUCCUGUGACGUUGCAUUAUGUCCUGCACGAUGCUGUGAAAUCACAAGCUUCUCCUCCAUUCACAUCACUCCGUUUUGAAUCGAUGGUAAAAGGCGGAGGGGGUCAAUGUCGUCAUAACCGCAUGGUGUCAAAUGAGAGAGUAGAAAAAGCCUCAUGAAUCUUUCCUUGCCCAAGCAUGACUACAAAAACCAGGAAACUCAAAUCUUCACACAAUCGUCGCCCACCACUCAACCGAAGAGAGAUUCCGGGUUCUGGCCAGACGCAAGGGCCAAGGCCAUGGGUCUCCUUCUAGUAUUCUUCCCUGAAGAUACCUCCCCCAUUGCCGACAAACCCAACCUCUUUUCUUCGCCUUCUUCUUCGCCUCCCCACUCUUCUUCCUCCCUCAAGAGACCCAAUUCCAUUCGCAUUUUCUCCACCGCUCAAUGCAUCAUUUUCGUAUGCGCUCUCCUACUCUUCAGCACUCUCGUUCUUUUCACUCUAUCUACCAUCGAGCCCACCGCCCACCGUCGAUUUUUGUCGCAGAAAUCCCCUACUAUUCACAAUCCUGCUACGGAACCCAGAGCUAGCGAUUGGUUCUCCAAAUUGGGGAGGACUCAAUUCAGUAAAUGUGCCUCCAAGAGUGAGCAUUUUCCUUCUCCCGCUCUGCAACGGAUGGGUACUCUGUACAGGAGAGGAACCAGAGCCAUGAAAGAUCUCGUUGUGGGUCACGUGGUCGCCGACACCACUGACGAGGAGUUUCGCUUGUUUCUUCGAGUUUUGCAUAGGUCGGCCCUCACUGCCAGCGCCGACGUGGUUUUCAUGUUCGAUUCUGCUUCAUUGUCAUCGAGAUUCAACCCCAUUAUUCAGGAAGAGAACGACUCGUUCUUUUCACUCCUUCAACACUAUGCCCAAAUGAUGAAUGUGACCCAACAUCACAAGAACCGGAAGCAAUCACACAAUUUCGACGUGACCAAGUUUUUCAAGAUGGUCAAGAGGGGAGCGGAGAUCGAAGAGCCAUUGUGGGGCAAGAGAACUAGAAGCAAUCUCACAAACCCAGAAACACGGAAUGACCAAUCAGAAGAGAGCGUCCCUCUGUUGAGCUACGGGUCGGUUCUGAGAUUCGACCCGGAAGAACUCGAUCCCGAGCACUCGCUGGCCGGGUUCUUAGACAGCGUUCCUCUGAGUUUGAGAAGAUGGGCAUGUUACCCGAUGUUACUCGGUCGGGUCAAGCGGAAUUUCAAGCAUAUAAUGCUCGUAGACGUGAAGAAAAUGGUAGUAGUGAAGGACCCGUUGGGAAGAGUCAGGAACCGGAGCCCCGAGUCGAUUUUGUUGCACAGAGAUCCAGAAAGUAGUAGCUCUAGCAUGACGCAGAGCAGGAACAGCUCGGAGAAGACUCUCGCAGGAGGGCGAGUAAACUCGGCGAUCAUAAUGGGCGGAGGGCGAGGCAUCCGGCGACUAUCGAACGCGAUGCUGACGGAAAUUGUCCGGUGGGCAAUGAAAAAACGGACAAAGAACUCGGUGACUGAGUCAGUGGUUCUGAGUCAGCUGGUGUGGAACAAGUUCACGAUGAAGAACGUGAAUUUGAUAACGUUAAACGAGUCAAUAUCGGACACGAGAUCCGUCGCUGACCCUAGCUCAGCUUCUUCCACGUCAUUGUGGGAUUACGUAAUAAUUCAACGCGAUCUGGUGCAGGUGUUGUGUUUGUGAUGAGGCAGCCACCUAAAAGCUCGUGACAGAAUUCAGACAAUUCUUUUUUAGGCUACAGACAAAAUUUAGACAUAAAUCUUUUUUAAUUAUUACUAUUUUGUUAUUGGGGUGUCUGUUUUUUAUAAUUUAAAUUAUUAGUUAAUUUUUGUAAUAACCGGUAUUAUUAAGACCUU